AUGAGCGGCGCUCAAUUUGCAGGCGUGGGUAAGACCUGCAUCAUCCUGGGCGUACUCAACGGCAUGGCCGCCGCCGAGCCCUAUAUACCGGUCACACUCAACUUCUCCGCGCAGACUAGCAGCCGAAAAACACAGGAGGCGAUCGAGCAGCGGCUGGAGAAGCGGCCGCGGAGGGCGCUGGGCGCGCCGCUCGGCCGCAGGGUGCUGGUGUUCGUGGACGACGUGAACAUGCCACGCCCGGACCUCUACGGCGCCCAGCCCACCAUCGAGCUGCUCAGACAAUUCCUAGACAGCGGCGGCUGGUACGACCGCGACAAACUGUACUGGAAAGAAAUCAUAGACGUGGUGUUGCUGGCGGCGUGUGCCCCGCCCAGCGGCGGUCGCAGCCCCCUUACGCCGCGCUUCGUGCGUCACCUCGCCAUGCUACACGUGGCGGCGCCGGACGUACAAGCCAUGAACACAAUCUUUCAGGCCAUUCUGUGCGGGCACAUGGAAGACUUCGUGGCCGAGGUGUCAACGCUGGGCGUGGGCAUCGUGCGCGCCGCCGUCGAGGUGUACACGCGCGUGUGCGCGCAGCUGCUGCCCACGCCUGCGCGCGCCCACUACGUGUUCAACCUGCGCGACCUGUCCAAGUGCGUGCAGGGGGCCCUGCAGGCGCACGCCGCCUACGUGCGCCUGCCGCGGGACAUGCUCCGAUUGUUCUACCACGAAUGCUUGCGGGUGUUCCACGAUCGGCUCAUAAGCGUAGAGGACAAAAGCUUCUUCUUCAGAAUUAUGAGCGAAGUUUGCGAGAAGUACUUCAAGUCGCCGGUGCUGGAGUUGCCGGAGCACGAUUUGAUCGAGGAGCCCCCGAUGCUGCUGUUUGGUGAUUUUAUGAAUCCAUCUCUGCCGAAGGAGAGCAGAGUCUACCAGGAGAUACCCGAUAUGGACAAGCUCAUGGCGGUCCUAAAGGAAUACUUGGACGAGUACAACUCGAGCGCUCGUGCCGAGAUGCGGCUGGUGGUGUUCAGGGAGAUGGCGGAGCACACGGCGCGGGUGGCGCGGGUGCUGCGCGCGGAGAGGGGGCACGCGCUGCUGGUGGGGCCCGCGGGGUCGGGGCGGCGCAGCGUGGCCACCCUCGCCGCCCACCUCAACGACUGCAGGUGCAUGGGUAUGGAGGUGAAGCGCAACUACGACAUCCCCGAGUUCCACGAGGACCUCCUGAAGAUGUACAUGAGCGCCGGCGUGGCGCUCAAGGAGACCGUGUUCCUGUGCACCGACACGCAGCUCUCGCGGGACGACUUCCUCGAGGACGUCAACAACAUGCUCAACUCCGGUGAGGUGAAUAAUUUGCUGGAAGGUGACGCCUACGAGCAGAUGCAGUCCGGAUGCGCAACGGAGGCGGUACGCGCCGGCGUCAAUAUGGCUGACCGCGACGCCCUCUACCGCUUCUUCAUCAACCGCGUGCGCGCCAAGCUGCACCUAUGCAUCUGCAUGAGCCCCGUCGGUGACGGUUUCAGACGCCGAUGUCGCAUGUUCCCAUCGCUGGUGAACUGCUGCACCAUUGACUGGCUGACCAAGUGGCCGCCGGAAGCGCUGCUCUCCGUGGCGCGCCAGAGCCUGGUAUCGCUCGGCGACCCGGGCCUCAUCGACGCCAUCUCUAGCGUCUGCGACGUGGAUGUAAUGUCGGAGCGGUUGUACGAGGAGUUACGGCGGCAUUUUUACUCGACGCCCAGUAGCUACCUAGAUCUGCUGCAGCUCUACCUUUCGCUGCUCGACACCAAACGCCAAGAGAUCAUUCUCGGCCGCGACCGUGUCUCAUGCGGGCUCGAGAAGCUGUACAGUGCUUACGAGUCCGUGGGCAGUAUGGAGCGGGCGGUGCGCGAGAUGGAGCCGCUGCUGGCGCGCAAGGCGGCGGAGGGCGCCGCCCUGGCGGCCCGGCUGCGCGACGAGCAACGCGCCGCGGACCUAGUGCGCGAAGCCCUGCUGGCCGAUGAGGCCGACGCCAAGACGAAAGCAGAGGAGGUGAGGCAGAUCGCGGAUGAGGCCAAAGCGGACCUGGCGCUGGCCAUGCCCGCCAUGGAGGCCGCGCAGGAGGCGCUCAAGGCGCUCAACAAGAGCGACAUCAAUGAGCUGAAGGCGUUCCAAAAGCCGCCCGCCCUCGUACGCUUCGUCAUGGAGCCCGUGUGUAUACUUCUCGGCGCCAAACCUAAUUGGGACUCGACCAAGAAGCUGCUGGCGGAUGUGAACUUCAUCCGCAACCUGCAGGAGUAUGAUAAAGACCACAUCCCCGACGCUAUCCUCAAGAAGAUCAAGACCUACCUCACGCACAAGGAUUUCAACCCGGAUACUGUCGUCAAAGUCUCAAAGGUGUGCCGCUCCAUGGUACUGUGGGUGCAGGCUAUCGAUAUGUACGCCAAGGUGUUCAGGGUAGUCGAACCGAAGAUCAUCAAGCACAAGGAGGCGGCUGCCAUACUGAAGAGCGUGAUGGCCGAGCUGCGCGCCAAGCAGCGGCAGGUGGAGGCCAUCGAGGCUCAACUCGCCGCUAUGAUCGGCGAGUUGCGGGCUGUGGAGGAGGAGCGAGACCGGCUGCAGGCGGACGUGCAGCUGGCGGCCGCGCGGCUCGCGCGCGCAGCCAGCCUCACGCAGGCGCUGGCCAACGAGCAGGCGCGGUGGGAGAACAGCGUGCGGGUACGUUUGCAUACCACCACGAGCGCCACCACCGCCACCGCUACGGCCACGAGCCCAUCUAAUGCCGAUGGCCCGCCGCCUUGGCAGGACGCUUCGAAGCGGUUGCACUGCGCCACGGGCGACGUCCUGGUGGCGGCCGGCUGCAUCGCCUACUUCGGCGCUUUCCCCGCCCACUACCGACUCGAAUUGGAGCACAAUUGGGUCGCCCAAUGCGCCCAGCUCAAUAUUCCGGCCUCGGAAACUUUCGACCUGGUGCGGACGGCGGCGGGCGGCGGCGCGGUGCUCGCGUGGCAAUCGCAGGGGCUGCCGCGCGACGCCGCCUCCGCCGAGAACGCGACCCUCGUGUGCUGCGCGGGACGGCGGCCCCUGGCCAUAGACCCGCAACAACAGGCAAACAGAUGGAUAAAGAACAUGGAGCGCGAAGCGGGCCUCCAGGUGAUAAAGCCAACGGAGCCCGCGCUCCUGCGGGUGCUCGAGAGUUGCGUGCGCCUCGGGUGGCCGCUGCUGCUCGAGGACGUCGGCGAGGAGCUGGACGCCGUGCUCACGCCGCUGCUGCUCAAGCAGACCUUCCUCCAGGCCGGCCGCCUGCUGAUCCACGUGGGCGACAGCGACAUCGAGUACGACCCGAACUUCCGCCUCUACCUGACCACCAAGCUGGCCAACCCGCACUACCUGCCCGAGAUCUGCAUUCAGGUCACGCUCGUCAAUUUCACCGUUACCCCCUCGGGCCUCGAGGACCAGUUACUGGCGGACGUGGUGAGCCUGGAGCGGCCCGAGUUGGAGAGGCAGCGCACAGAGCUGACGCAGCGCAUCGCCGCCGACCGCGCCUCCCUGCUCGCCAUCGAGGAGCGCAUCCUGCAACUGCUGCACGCCUCCGCCGGGAACAUCCUCGACGACGAGGAGCUCAUCGAGACUCUGAACGAGAGCAAGGAAACGUCCGAGAUAAUAUCUGCCCGGCUGGACGAGGCGGAGGGCACGGAGCGCAGCAUCGGUGCGGCGCGCGAGCGAUAUCGCGCGGUCGCGGCGCGCGGCGCCCUGCUCUACUUCGCCAUAGCGCAGCUGGCCGACCUGGACCCCAUGUACCAGUUCUCGCUCGCCUACUUCACUCAGGCAGGGCCCACCGGUCGGACG